UAUUAUGCAUAUUUUUACUGUAUUCUAACAACAGUCUGUAUAUUCUUACUAUAUUCUAACAGCAGUCUGUAUAUUCUUACUUCUGUAUAUUCUUACUGUAUUCUAACAACAGUCUGUAUAUUCUUACUAUAUUCUAACAGCAGUCUGUAUAUUCUUACUUCUGUAUACUCUUACUGUAUUCUAACAACAGUCUGUAUAUUCUUACUAUAUUCUAACAACAUUUAUUAUGCAUAUUUUUACUGUAUUCUAACAACAGUCUGUAUAUUCUUACUAUAUUCUAACAACAUUGAGCAUAUUCUUACUUCUGUAUAUUCUUACUGUAUUCUAACAACAUUCUAUAUAUUCUUACUGUAUUCUAACAACAUUCUAUAUAUUCUUACUGUAUUCUAA